GAAUUUCCAUGUGUACUUUUGUACACAGGUUGAAUUGAAUUUCUCUUUUUUUAGUUAAACUGAAAAAUAUAGGUGGGUAGUUGUAGAGAAGUUAUCGAGAGUGACGAUAACGAAGAAGAUUCCAUUAGGGUUCAUAAAAAAAAUCACACAAAAUAAAGUAAAAGGAGAAAAAUGUGAGAAUUACUAAUAUACAAUGAUUCAUCAUGAACGUAUCAUCAGAAAUUACUCCAUAUCUUGUGCUUGGUAGCGCAGGUGUUCGCACACCAAGAUUUUUAGAAAACAACAAAAUAACUCUUGUUAUUAAUGCCGCUCACAACUUUGAGUUGACUGCCAAAUGUUCUGUCAAUCAAAUAUGUAUUGACAGUGAUGAUAGUCCUGACUAUAUGUUGAAGAAACAUUUUGAGACGGUAGCAUUACACAUACAUAACGAAAAAGAAAAAGGCGGGAAAGUGUUUAUACAUUGUGUGGCAGGCAUAAGCAGGGCGCCAUCAUUGGUUCUUGCAUAUCUUAUGAGAUACGAAAAUAUGAGUUUAGCGGAUGCGUAUAAGCUGGUGCAUAACAAACGUAUAUUUGUGCGACCAAAUAUGGGAUUUUGGAAACAAUUGAUUGAAUAUGAAGAAGAAUUAGUUGGAAAGAAUACAGUCACAAUGAUUUCAUCUGGUUCAAUGCUGAUUCCAAGUAUAUACGAAACGCAAUAUCAGAACAUGAUGGCGAUUUAAACUUCAUUGCAAUGCAAAAAGUUGGAGUCGAGUUAAAAAAAUUGAUAACUCUUCUAAAUCUUAAGCGCAAGUGACAUUGUAGAACAAACCGUUUACAUGGAUGCAUCGUACUGAAUGCAUCCAUGUUGUUGCUGUUUCCAUACAGUGGACUAUGAUUUAAAUUCUAUUGAGGUGGGGUAAACUUCGAAUUAUAUGGAGGUUAUGGAAAAUUUUUAGUCCAGGAAAAUAAAAUGGAAAAGGCAUAUUUCCACAUCAAAAAGUUUGAGAUUUUUCAGAACCUAACUUAGUAGUACUAACUUCUGCAAAUUCUAAUUUGUUUGAGAAUUUUGUAAACUCGUUUUUCUCCAUCGCCAACAAGGUCUUACAUUUAAGUUAUAGAAGACAAGUACUCAACUCUGUCUUUAAAAAAUCAAAACAUUUUAACUAAUUUUUCUCGAUGAUGUAAAGGCGAGUCUACACAUUAUAAUUUUGAUUUUUUUAAAUCUUGGUGUGGAAACGAUUAUAUUACAGGGAUAAUCUUUUUGAAUUUAUGGAGAAUAGAAUUAUGGAGAAUCUACUAUAACGGAAAAUAAAUUAUUUACUCAUUAUAUAAAUUUUUAGAUUUGCAUACUCUAUCUCAAAUUAAAGUAUGCUUUAGUUUUAUAAUCAAGUAAAAAUUUUGUUGUAUAUAUAAUGAAUUUUAUGAGAAGAAUGACUGUUAGUGUAUUAUUUCCAUAAAAAUUAGUUAAACAAUUGUGGGUUUUUUUGAUGUUUUUAGAAAAAAAUUAUUCUCGAGAAUUUCGAUUAAAAUUAAAAAAAUCAAAAUCGCUGAUUUUUGUUUUAAUGUGGUUUGAAGGCAUUUUUUUUAAAAAAUGUUUUGAACCAAAAAGCUUCAUCCAUGUCCCCAGUUUUUGUUUUCAAACGAGCUGGUUUUUCUCAUUUUUUUGUCUACAAAUCAUGAUAUCGGUUCUAGCUUAUCGAGCCACCAUUGUUGCUUUGUAUACUGCUACUGCUAGUCACUGCUAUAACAACACAUUAGUAAAUCGUAACCACCACAAAUAUUUAGAUCGUAAAUUGGUUUUCGACACUACUAGCAAAGAUUUUUUUUUUCGUAACCACCACAAAUAUUUAGAUCGUAAAAUGGUUUUCGACACUACUAGCAAAGAUUUUUGCUUUUUGUUUUGCUUUUUGAGAACUUUUAUUUUAAUGAUAUUCUUGUGUUUGCUAAGCUGUAAUAUAAAUCUU